AUGUCAGCCGAGGUGCGGCUGAGGCGGCUCCAGCAGCUGGUGCUGGACCCCGGCUUCCUGGGGCUGGAGCCCCUGCUCGACCUUCUCCUGGGCGUCCACCAGGAGCUGGGCGCCUCCGACCUGGCCCAGGACAAGUAUGUGGCCGACUUCUUGGAGUGGGUGGAGCCCAUCGCGGCGAGGCUUAAGGAGGUCCGACUGCAGAGGGAGGACUUCGAGAUUUUGAAGGUGAUCGGACGCGGGGCGUUCAGCGAGGUGGCGGUGGUGAAGAUGAAGCAGACGGGCCAGGUGUACGCUAUGAAGAUCAUGAAUAAGUGGGACAUGCUGAAGAGAGGCGAGGUGUCGUGCUUCCGCGAAGAGAGGGACGUGUUGGUGAAUGGGGACCAGCGUUGGAUCACGCAGCUGCACUUCGCCUUCCAGGACGAGAACUACCUGUACCUUGUCAUGGAGUACUACGUGGGCGGGGACCUGCUAACACUGCUGAGCAAGUUUGGGGAGCGGAUCCCGGCCGAGAUGGCGCGCUUCUACCUGGCCGAGAUUGUCAUGGCCAUAGACUCGGUGCACCGGCUGGGCUACGUGCACAGGGACAUCAAACCGGACAACAUCCUGCUGGACCGCUGCGGCCACAUCCGCCUGGCCGACUUCGGCUCCUGCCUCAAGUUGCGGGCAGAUGGAACGGUGCGGUCGCUGGUGGCUGUGGGCACCCCGGACUACUUGUCUCCCGAGAUCCUGCAGGCGGUGGGCGGCGGGCCGGGGACUGGCAGCUACGGGCCCGAGUGUGACUGGUGGGCGCUGGGCGUGUUCGCCUAUGAAAUGUUCUACGGGCAGACGCCCUUCUACGCCGACUCCACGGCCGAGACCUACGGCAAGAUCGUGCACUACAGGGAGCACCUCUGUCUCCCGCUGGCCGACACAGGAGUCCCCGAGGAGGCUCGCGACCUCAUCCAGCAGCUGCUGUGUCCCCCGGAGGUGCGCCUGGGCCGGAAUGGAGCAGGGGAUUUCCAGAAGCAUCCUUUCUUCUUUGGCCUUGAAUGGGACAGCCUCCGAGACAGCGUUCCCCCUUUCACGCCAGAUUUCGAGGGUGCCACGGACACGUGCAACUUCGAUAUGGUGGAGGACGGGCUCACUGCCAUGGAGACACUGUCGGACAUGCAGGAAGGCAUGCCGCUGGGCGUCCACCUACCUUUCGUGGGCUACUCCUACUCCUGCAUGGCCCUCAGGGACGAUGAGAUCCCGGGCUCCACACCCAUGGAACUGGAGGCCGAGCCAUUGCCUGAGCCCAGCCUGGAACCCACAGUGCCCCCACCAGAGGAAACGGUUGAAGCGGCAGUUCCGGAGACCAUUCCGGAGGCAGUGGCAGAGCCGGAGGUGACGCUGCGGGAGCUCCAGGAGGCCCUGGAGGAGGAGGUGCUGACCCGGCAGAGCCUGAGCCAGGAGCUAGCGGCCAUCCAUAAGGCCAACCAGAACUUCGCCAGUCAACUCCGUGAGGCCCAGGCUCGGAACCGCGACCUGGAGGCGCACGUCCGGCAGCUGCAGGAGCGAAUGGAGUUGCUUCAGGCCGGGGGAGCCGUAGCUGUCACGGGGGUCCCCAGUCCCCGGGCUACGGAUCCACCUUCCCAUAUGGCCCCCCGGCCGUGGCUCUGGGCCAAUGCCCGCUGGUGGGGCCAGGCCCCAUGCACCGCCGCCACCUGCUGCUCCCUGCCAGGGUCCCUAGGCCUGACCUAUCGGAGGCGCGUUCCUUGCUCCUGUUCGCCGCUGCUCUGGCUGUUGCCGCCGCCCUGGGCUGCAUUGGGUUGGUGGCCUGCGCCGGCCAUCUCGCCGCAAUCUGAUCCCGCCGGGGAGCCGCCUUCUCCGCCUGAACCCUAG